AAAGAAAAGCAAGCAGCACCAGACCUUUAUAUAAUCACUCUUCCCCUGCUUCCCUCGCCCUCCCUUCCACUCUGUUCUCCUUUAUUUAAGCUUCUCCCUCUGGCUGCAGUGAAUAUUUUCUCCCUGGAGCUCUGUAACGUUGCCAGGAAAGGCGGGUCUCAACCUCUGCUCUACACAGAGCAAGCGCAGCAGAGCACAUAAAAUCAACAGCCAACCUAAGAUUUCUGCUCUCGUUCUUUGGUGGAAUCUACUUGCUUCUUUUGAACGUUCUACAGGAAGCUAGAGAGAAUGUCCAGUACUGCAGUUGCUGUGGUGACCGGGUCCAACAAAGGUAUUGGGCUGGCCAUAGUGCGGGCUCUGUGCAAGCAGUUCUCUGGGGAUGUGUACCUGACGUCCCGGGACAUCGAACGAGGCAAGACGGCAGUGGCAGAGCUCCAGAAGGAAGGACUGAAACCACUUUUCCACCAGCUGGAUAUCAAUGAUAUCCAGAGUAUUCGAACCCUCCGUGAUUUCCUGAAGCAAAAAUAUGGUGGCUUAAAUGUGUUAAUUAACAAUGCAGGGAUUGCAUUCAAAGUGGCAGACACUACUCCAUUUCCUAAGCAAGCAGAAGUGACCAUGAAAACAAACUUCUUUGCUACCAGAAAUAUUUGUAAUGAGUUAUUACCACUCAUAAAACCAAAAGGAAGGGUAGUGAACGUCUCCAGUGUUAUGAGUAUUCGAUCACUUUCUAAAUGUAGCCAAGACCUGCAAAAGAAAUUUCGGAGUGACACCAUCACUGAAGAAGAACUAGUGAAACUCAUGGAAAAAUUUGUAGAAGAUACCAAGAAAGGAGUAUAUGAGAAGGAGGGCUGGCCCAAUAGUGCUUAUGGCGUGUCCAAAAUCGGCGUAACGGUUUUGUCCAGAAUUCAAGCAAGGGUGCUGAAUGAGAUACGGAAAGCCGAUGGUAUCUUGCUGAAUGCCUGUUGUCCUGGAUGGGUCAGGACCGACAUGGCAGGUCCCCAAGCCACCAAAUCACCUGAGGAGGGAGCAGAGACUCCAGUUUAUUUGGCUCUUUUGCCUCCUGGUGCUGAUGGGCCUCAUGGCCAGUUUGUCAGUGACAAAACAGUGCAGACUUGGUGAGCUUGCUCUUUAGAUAACUGGGAUUAUCUGCCAAACUAAGAGUGGAUUUGAAUGAGCAGCUUUGUUAAUGAUAGAAGGUCCAACUAAUGAUCUGAAGUUUUUGCUUUAACUGUUUGCUGAUUAAUCAGUUGCAAUCUAUACAGUACCAUUUUAAGCACCAUGUUGCUAUACACUAUUUUAUGCAUAGGACAAGGUGUUGUGUUAACCUGUCUCAUGCAUACUAUCUCUAGUUAUAAUGGUCAUGUUGUUUCUCAUUAUGUCUCUCUCUCUCUCUCUCCAGUUCUCCCCUACUAAAUGAUAAGUUCUGAAAUUUAAUUAUUUAAAGAAUCUACAUGGCUUAUACUCAAUUUAUAGGGACUGCCUCUCAUUAUUCAACUUGAAAUGUAAUGUACCUGUAGUUACGAUGUUAAAAAUAAUAAAGGUAUCUACCAUAAGGGCUGAUGGAUAAAUCUACAUUUAUCAUUAUACACCCCUCCUCAACCAUUUCCAACUUUUUUUACAUGCGUAUCAAUUUGUUUAAACAAUAAUAAAAAUCUGGUCAAUA